UCAUGGGGACCAGUUACUCCAAGUAUACGCGGAUACAGAGGGAGACCCUGGGGUCUGGACCCCUCCCACACAGAUUUGCCAAGAGGCGAGGUCCUCGGACCCCAUCUCUGAGAAAUCACGGGAGAAUUACGGAGCUCACUAAAAGGGGGACUCGUAUAGUGGUCAUUGCUAUGGACGGGAGUUCUCACUCAGAUUAUGCAUUUGAAUGGUACAAUGAACACUUCAGGCGCCCUGAAGAUGAAGUUGUUCUGGUUCACUGCUCAGACAGAAUCCAAGCUUUGCACGCAGCUAUGGGAACGGCUGACAUAGAGUCGAUUUGUAAUAUUUUGUUGGAAGAAGAAGAAACAGAAGAGAAGUUAAAGACACAAUUUGAAAAGAAGCUGAAAUUUCACGGGAUAAAAGGAAGCGUGAAAACGUCCGAUGGAAAUCCUGGCGAAGUUAUCAUUAAUGUUGCUAAAGAAGUACACGCCAGCAACAUUAUCGUCGGUAGCCGUGGACUUGGGAUGUUACGUCGUACAUUUCUGGGCAGUGUGAGUGAUUACGUAGUACACCAUUCGGAAGUACCCGUCACCGUGUGUCGUCACAAGUAACACACCUCUCAGGACACAGACCACUAGGAGGAGGAUGUCCGCAGCGCUGUCAGUAGUGCUUGGGGUAGCACACGACUGAUGCAUUGCUAGAAAAGAUUACAUAAAUCUGCAUCGUGAUCUUGUAAAUAACUAGCCCUUAUAUUCAAAUAUGUAGACGUUAAUUAAGUGUUAAAUGCGUGUAUUUUGAUUAGAUGAUUAUUUUUAUCUUAAUAAUAUAUAGUAGCUGCCACAACUGUACUUGAUCAGACUGGUGUUGCACUGUCAGUGUAACGUAUUGUUGUGGGUGAUAUUGUGACGUCAACAAUACUGAUUCAGUAUAUGAUGCACAAGUUUUCACAAUAAAGUCAUGCUGGAGUGUAAAAUAUUGCUGGUCUAAUGGUUGCAAUACGAGUUUUACCGGUAAUGUGGUAAAUCAAAACUGUUUUGUACGACCACUAAACCAGCAUCAACGUCCACAAAUCUAAAAACAGAGGCUAGUUAUUCACAAAUCUAAAAAUAGAGGCUAUUGAUUCACAAAUCUAAAAUUAGAGGCUAGUUAAUCACAUUUCUACAAAUAGAGGCUAGUUAAUCACAUUUCUACAAAUAGAGGCUAGUUAAUCACAUUUCUACAAAUAGAGGCUAGUUAUUCACAUAUCUACAAAUAGAGGCUAGUUAUUCACAAAUCUAAAAUUAGAGGCUAGUUAAUCACAUUUCUACAAAUAGAGGCUAGUGAUUCACAAAUCUAAAAACAGAGGCUAGUUAAUCACAUUUCUACAAAUAGAGGCUAGUUAAUCACAUUUCUACAAAUAGAGGCUAGUUAUUCACAACUCGCAGUAUCUUAUUUGAUGUUUAUCUCUUGUUUCAUUCUAUCAUGUUGCUCAUAAAAUAUGUCACAAAAUCCUUUA